AUGAAGCUCAUCAACCUUGUCGCAACGCUGCUCGCAUCGGCAACGGGUUUCGCGCCGACGCCGCGGCGCGUCGCGCGACUGCCGCAGCUGCGCGCCACGACGGCGUCCGGCAUCGAGUACGAGGACGUGACCGUCGGUGAGGGCCGGACGCCCAACACCGGCGACUUCGUGUCCGUCGUCUACGAGACGCGCGUCGGCGGCCGCUGCAUCGAUCCGAAGAUCGACAAGGCCGACCUCCAGUACACGGCCGACGGCGAGCUCGUGACGUCCUUCAAGAACCGCGGCAAGCCCUGGGCCGAGUUCCAGGUCGGGAAGGGCCUCGUCAUCGCGGGCUGGGACGAGAUGGUGCAGACCAUGCGGCCCGGCGGCACGCGGACCGUCAAGCUGCCCGCGGAUCUGGCCUACGGCGACGCGGGGUCGCCCGACGGCGUCAUCAAGCCCGGCACGGACGUCGAGUUCACCAUCGAGCUCGUCGGCAUCGCGUCGAACGCGGACAUCAUCGGCGGCACGGCCAAGGCCUUCGGCCUCGCCGGCGCCGCCAUCGCCGCCAACGGGCUCUCCAUCGCCCUCACGGGCCACGAGCUCCGCGAGUACCUCGCGGGCACGGUCUAG